UGCCUGCUCCAGUUCAGGGCUGGGCUCAGUCACCAGGCAGGCACUUGUUGUAGCAACGGUCCCUGGGGACCCAUCCUGGGGAACAAGACGGCCAGCCAGAAAGAUGGGGGAGCCAGAGUCCCCAUCCGCUCCAGCCCCCAAAGCUGCCCCAGGCCUCCCGGAUAGCCGUGAGGUGAACAACUACCGGCGGGCCAUGCAAAAGAUGGCAGAGGACAUCCUGUCGCUGCGGAAGCAGAUCAGCAUCCUGGAGGCAGAGAACCACACGCUGAGGAGCCAGCUAACCCAGGGGGAGGUGGAAGAGGAGCAGAACGACACCAACAAGAGCCAGAAUCUGGUGUCCAUGAAGCAGAAACUGCUGCUGAGUGAGCUGGACAUGAAGAAGCUGUGGGACAAAGUGCAGCAUUUGCAGAAUGAGCUGAUUCGAAAGAAUGAUCGAGAGAAGGAGCUACUCCUCCUGCACCGGGCUCAGCAGCCACAGGCCGCGCUGCUGAAGCGGUACCAGGACAAGCUGCGGAAGACGAAACUGCUGGAGGAGACUGUGCGGCACCAGGAGAAGGUGAUCGAGAAGAUGGAGCGGGUGCUGGAGGACAAGCUACGGGACAGGAAGGAGCCCCUGCUCACCAGGCUGCAGGGAAAGCCCAGCGUGGCCUUCCCUGUGCUCUCAGCCUCUGGCCUUCCCCCGGGGCCCGCAAGAGAGAACCUGCCCGUCGACCUGUACUCCGCGCUGCUGGCAGAAAACUCCAGGCUGCGGGCAGAGCUGGAUAAGAACCGCCACCAGUCGGCCCCCAUCAUCCUGCAGCAGCAGGCCCUGCCGGUGGACCCCGGGGAGUUGGGAGCAGGAGGAGACCUGGCAGAGAGACUGCAGGAGACAGAUGGCCCAGGCCACUCCAAGGGCACAGAGACCCUGCCCGUACAGGAUCUCCUUGGCAAUACUUCAGACAAGUUCAACCUUCUGGCCAAGCUGGAACGAGCUCAGAGCCGGAUCCUAUCCCUGGAAAGCCAGUUAGAGGACUCGGCUCGACGCUGGGGACGAGAGAAGCAGGACUUGGCCACAAGGCUGCAGGAGCAAGAGUACGGCUUGGGGCCACCCUCGAACUCCAUCAUCACUGACCUGCCUGUGAGUGAGCCCUCUGGACAAGCUCCUUGGGGAUCAGGCAGUGGGGCUGGCAGCCACUCCCCGCCCCAAUCCCGAGUCACCCGGCCUUGAGAAGAACUACGCAGGGGGACCAGCCACCCACUGGAAGUCUCAGUUUCUGCUGUUACCACCAGAAGCCCUCACCUGGUCUCGAUGUCCCACCUGCCUAAGGCAUCGCUGAGAUGCCCCACGGGUGGUGCACUACUCGGCCCUCUCCAAGGACAGCAGGCGACCCUCAAAGCUGGACCCCUUGGCGCCCAGCUCAGAGACCAAGCUCAACAAGCCUUCGAACUCCCAGAAGA